AUGCCUCGAUAUGUCAUCCGUGGCCAGGAGGUGGAAGCCGACUCGGUCCAGAAUGCGCUGAAGAUUGCCGGCCCGGUGGCUUCUCCAGCGCCCAUCGGGUCACCAACACGAUCGGGCAAGCCGGGCUCCGCAAGCGCGGUCUCACCCUUCGGGGUGCCAGGUGGCCUGCGUCCCUUGAGUUCUUGGGGCAGUGGUUGGUCCCCACAGCGGCAGUUUGAGGGAGCCGCUGACUUUGUACCAGCCGCGGCAGUGGAAAAUACAGCAGGUGAGCACCGUCGGAUAUCAAACGACUCGCGCAUCAAGCCGCCCAGGGAUCCCCAUCCUGUGGAGAACACACUCUUGUUCCUUCCAGAGUACGCCGUGCAAGAAUUGCUGCUCGAGCCCAACAUGUCUGAUAAGGGAGAUGCCAUGAAAGAGAUGUGGUUCGGUCGCGUUUGGGAGCUGCGGGAGCUCCUCCGGGUGCAGCAUGAGGAGUACCUAGCAAGAGUGAACGUAAACAAGCCAGACCUUGUGCUGACAGCGUCGGAGAAGCAGGCCCUCGAUGCGAUGAUGCAGGAUCCCAAAAAGAAAAGUCUCCUCACGAAGCUGUGCGCUCGGUGGAAAGGCACCGUGGUGAGGAGGCGGAACAGUCUUCGCGUGUUGAACCGACUGAAGUACUCAUACCUCAGGGGCACUGUUAUUUAUGCCCAUGGCUCGGGCGGCUGCAGCUGGGAUAACUUCCGGCUCUGCCGCAUGAUGGCCCGGAUGGGCAUGCUAGUUAUCGCCCCAGAUGGCUUUGCCUACCCGAAGAACACUGACCUCGGUAAGAUGCGGCACAAGGAUGUGCAGCCACUCAAGCGGGCAACGGAUGACGUGGAUUACUGGGCCGACGAUCUGCUCUAUGCCUCGUCUGCAGGCGGUUCGCACACCUAUUCCACCGCAGCAGAGUCUGUCUUGGACAACCCAGACAAGUUUCGGGACCUCUACGAGAAAUGCUACCAGAUGCGACGGCGUGAGCUUCAUUGGACGAUUGAGAAACUUCCCAGGUGGAUUCGCACUCAGGGCUUCUUCAUAGGCGGGACCUCCGAGGGGGCCAUGACGGUGUCACGUUUUGAUGACCAGCGCUAUGGGCACCAGGUGCUCGGACGCUUCAUCAAUUCUUUCAGUAUCGAGUACUGUUAUUUCACACCGACUGUGGAAUGUGCCCAGAUUGGAGGAAACAUCGCCGUCCCUACGCUGAACAUCAUCGGCACCAUGGAUGAAUACUUUGGAGCAACAAAAAGUGUAGCUGCGAUGGUGCAAUCCGACAAAGAGCGUGGCUUCGGAGAUGUCAAGCUGGACGGUCAUGGCUUCGACAUGAUGAUGGAGCAGGAGGUGAGCUGUGGUCUGGUAUGCUACCUGGAGGGAGGCAAGCAUGCACCCUGUCCAAGCCAUGACAAUUUCCUCCGACGCCUGUUCCAGACGUUCUUCACACGUCCACAAGACAUUUGGCGAAUUGAUGGUAUCUGGCAAAAUGACGAUCGCACUGCGGGCUGGUUGGACGUCAAGAAGAAGCGCACGCACGGCCAGAAGCUGACACUAGUGCAAGUGCCAGUGAUGGACCAUUCGAAGUUGACGCUGGAGGAACUCGAUAAGCUGUCAAGCAAAAAGCUCCUUCGUCGGCAGUUGUUAGGCCUGAGUUGGGGUGAACUUUUAUACGGCGGUGACCUGGUCAUGUUGGAGUGGUUCAGCGCCUGUCAGGGUCAGAACGUGAGGGGCAGCAGGAAGAAAUUGCAGAACAUUGCAGAACAAAGCUUUGCGUUACGGCUGCCUCCAGCCGUCAUAGUUCCAAGUGUGCAAGACAUCGUCUCAUCGCAGGCAGCGGCAGGAAUCGGACCAUCUUCGAGCCAAGCUGAGGAUGCUGUGCACUUGGGCACUGCGCUCCCUGCGCAGCGUGCGCAGCCAGGAGUUCAGAAGCACCCAAAACUUGGAUAUCGCUUAGCAGUAAGGUCUGUGGCCCGAAGAGCCCAGAUGCCCUUUGACCUGCCUCCGCCAAAGCGCCGUGAGGACUACGGGGACUACGGGCACUACGGAGACUACGGGGCAGCUCCGGGAAGCAACCGGCGCGUGCGCGCCUUUAUUCGCGACCUGGAUAUGGGCGAAGCCGCCUUAGAUCUUCUCCAAAGUUUGGAAGAGGAUCUGCAGAUAGAGAUCAUCGAGCAGUUCGACAUUCAGGGUACCAGAGAUGGCAACGUGAGGAGCCGCUUCUUGUCCUUUCUUCGGGCGCUCUGGUGCCGGCGCCUGGGGGUGAACCGAGAGGUGACCGACUACCUCAGGGACCUACCCGAGGAGAUUCAGGUCGAGGUCAUAAAGGAGUUCGACCCGCGAGGAACAAAGGAUGGAAACGUCUCCGCGCGACUCUACAGCUUCGCGUACGGUCGCAUACGAGGACGUGCCCCAAAGGGCCUCCGUGACCCUCACGAGCUGGAGGGUUUUGUGCGGCAUUGGGGCCUGGACUCCUCCGCCGGAGAGGUUCUCGAAGCGCUGCCGGACGAGGUGCUCAUCGAGGUACUGCAGGGGUUUGAUGCAAGCAGCACCCGUGACGGAAACGUCAAGGGACGAUUCCUCGGCUACGUACGGAGGAAGUGGGCACAGCACUUCGAGUUGGAGGAUGACUGCAUCUACUCCAUAAAGCGGCUUCCUGAAGAAUGUCAAAUACUUUGCCUGACCACCUUUGACCCAUGGACAACUCGAGAUGGCAACAUCUCCGCUCGCUUGAGGAGCUUCCUCUGGAAGAUAGAGGCCGAAAUGAGCGAACAAGCCAGGUGGUAUGACAACUCGUCCCGCUUUGGCUCCAAGAGCUACCGCCAGGGCGGUCGCGAUCGCUAUGAUGACUAUGGCUACGAUUAUCAUGAGUAUGAUGACGCACGGCCACGUGCAAACAGAGCCACCCGCGAUGCCAUUUUGAAGUUCGUUGCCCGUUGGGACCUGGAUCUGGCAACUGGCGCAUACCUGGAGAACUUGAAGGAUCCUGAUGUGCUGGCGCGGGUGCUCGAGGAAUUCGACCCCACCGGCACGCAGGCUUUGAGGGACAUGACGGAGAUCUAA